GCGAUAUCGAUAACGGAACGCUAGAUUAACAAUGGUAAAAUGUGACAGCGCGAUGUUGCUGCUUUACAUUGUUAGAUUUUUUAAUUUCUGUAGUGGUAAUAUCUGAACGAGUAAAGUAAAACAUCAUUAGUAGAGCGGAAGACGAACUGCUUAACACUGGAAUCUACCAAUACUCCAUUGAGAGAAUUUUACAACUGCAUUCAAACCCUCGCUCAUAACGGAUACAGCUCAAUCUGAAUGGCGUUCUGUCAAACCUACAUUUGCGGGUGUGACUCAUUGCGGAAAAUUUUGAUCAAUACUGUUUUGCACCCGACUCCUGGUGGAGUGAAGAGGAGAUAUGAUGUAAACAUAGUAAGGCUCCAACAAGGCUGGAAAUCAUAUAAGUCACAUCCAGUUACAUUUAAAGACGUUUGUGAAAGGACUGUGUAUCUAUUAUACCGGUAUUCGUUACAGGUAGUACUGAGUCCUGAUUGGCAACCUACCUCAAGGUGGUCAAAAAGUUUAAAGAGUGAACUAAAUGAUUUAUGUCUAACUACUUCUUCACUGAUUGUGAAUAAUUUAUGCUACAGAUUAAAACAAAUUGUAAACAGACCAUGGAAACAUCCAAUACUUACAGCUAUAAUCUGUCCAGAUAGCAUGGAACUGGAUGACAGACAAGUGGCAAAAUACUUCAGAGAUGAAGGUGAAACAAUGGUAUGGACCAGACUGGAGGUAUUGUGUGAAAAUUCUACUGUCACUAAAAAUAUUCUGAAGCAUAAUUCACAACACAAGAUAGCGGGUGACAGUAUUUCACCAGCCCUCAGUUAUGUAACACAGGCCUUGAGAUACCUAACCAAUAAAGGAAAAUUCCAUGAAAAAAAUCAAAAUACUGAUGUACUCUGUGCUGGAUGUCCACUUGACAUUCAAGAUGCUUUUCUAGCAUUACUUGCCAGAGAAGGAAAAAUUGAUGAAAUGAGGCAUUAUAUGUAUGAGAACAUGUCACUGCACACUGUUUCAAAUAUGCGAGAACGCAUCAGGAACUGGCCUGGUCGUUUGCCUGCAUCACUUGCUAGUCAGGCAAGCACAGUAGACUUUCACGCAAGUGAAGUGUUUGCUGGCAUUGCCCUCUCACAAGGCAGAAUGGGACGACAGCUUCCCAUGCUGAAAAUGGUGGGAUGGGAACUUGCUCUGGGCCACAGGGCUCCAGCUGCUUGCAACAAAGCACUAAACAGGAGGGUGAGUGCCCUUGCAGAACGAGCUAAAAUGUUGGCCAGUGCUGAAAGCCAGCCUGUACACAUAUUUGUUCUUGCUAACAGACUUUCUCGGAUGAAAUUCUGCCCAGAAUACAGAAGUAUUUGCCUUGAGCUGUACUUGAUGGGCCUUAAGCUGGAGCUGAAUAGAAGGAUGGACAGCAAGUCUGUGAGCACAAUUGACAAGCAGGAGAUGAACAUAAAUCCAAUUCUUGCAUCAGUGUUUGGUAGACUGGCCAAGCUCUUCAAUACCCAAUGGCUUGUGAAACGUGAACUACUGCUGACAGCUUUCUCACUGCAACCUAACAAGCAUUGGUUCAAGGAGCUUCUACUUGUGGCCAGGCUGUCGGGGAAGACUUGUAGUGCUAGAGGAUGUACUGUGCCAUUUUCUGACAGCUGGUGCCGAGAUACUGCAGCCCACACUCUGUGCAGUAAAUGCGGCAGAUUUGGCACUCAUGGGAAAGUGCAUAACAGCGCUGACAUGGGAUCGUUAGUAUGGUUUCCUCUUCCAGAACAUGUUAUGGAUAACAAUCUCACUGACCCUCCACGGUGUCAUAUGCUUGAUAAUAAAUCUCUUGGUAUCGAAAGAAAUGUUGCUGAGCAAUUGGUUUCUCUAGUCUCUGCAUUCAGGUACAAGGAACUCAGCUGGGUUCUUGAAUGGUCCAAGUUGUAUACACUAUGUGUCGAUUACAUGAAUACGAAGGACAUAAGAAGAGAGAAGAAUACUGAACUCAAAUUUCUUAAGAUGGACUACCCUUUGUACAGGUGUCUUCGAGAAGACAAAAAAAUAGUAGCAGUCAAAAGAAAGAAAAGUGAUGAACAGUGUACUGACUCAGAUAAUGAAAAGGUGAAAUAUAGGUGUGAUCAAGAAAGAAAGAAGAUGAAUAUCAGCACUUACUGUUUCUAUAAAUCAAGAAUAGAUGUUAUAGAUGACAUUCUUUCCAGCAACAAUAUAACACCAUUUUCUCCAGAAGUGUGUGACAUGUUUGACGUAGAAGAUACAGCUACUGGCUUUGCAAGACUGUGCAAAAUUCGCAGAGCAAUGGUAAACCUGUAUGAAAAAAAUCCAGAAGACAUAUUCUCUUAUUUUAAAACAAAAAUAAAAUAUUUGAGAGAAAAAUAUGAAAUUGAUGUCCAGGAUUUUGUAGUGUGUUAAUGUUAUCUUGUCAUUGUUACACUAUUACAGAAUGAUAAGAAUGUGCCUGUGUUUUGUGCCAAGUAAGAUUUAAGAUUGUCAUGUCAUAUCAUCUGUAAAGUUUCAUUUACAUUUUUAUACUUUCUGGCAAGUCAGUAAUGAUAUUUUUGACAUAUAUAACACAGUUGUAUGUGAGCAUUAUUACUAAUAACUCAAGAAUGCAGGCUAGUCCUCUCAUGUUUCUUUAAUUUCUGCUGUAUAGGUUAAGAGUGGAAACACUCAACAAAGGUUUGAGAUUACAGCCAGGUGUCAUUUACUUCCAAGCACCUGCAUUUUACCUUCAGAUGAGUUGACUCAUCUGCUCAGAAGUAGUCCAACAAUCCUGAAACUUGAUGAAUUUUUGGCAUUGCACAAUUUAAUAUAGGUAGAAAACUUAAAAGAUCUAUAAUUGUGCCAAAGUAGUCAUAUCUAUAUUUUGCAUAUUACCUUGCAGUUCAUUAUAAUGUAAAAUUUGUAAUACAAUAUUUAUUUACUUUUACAAUUAUAUUUCACUCAUAAUAUUGUUACAAUUCCA